UUUUAUUAUUACUUUGUAGCCUUGUGAUGUUAUCGGACGGUGGUUUUAGUACGCAAAAUAGUUUGUUACUAAUUAAAUAAACAUAAUUUAUUUUUAAACCACUACGGAAGGUUGCCCGUGUGCGAGAUGUUCCCGCCGACGCGCAUUCGGAGCUGCCUUCCAGUCAUAAACCCUAUGUUCAAACGAUUGAAGCCGCACAGACCGUUCAGGCAAACAUCGAAUAUCCACAACCAGACAAAGACCAUUAAUAACACGGCCCAGCUCCAGAAGUCUAAAUGGACAAAUUUUCGAGCUAUAUUCACACGAUGGGUGCCUCUCGGGAGCGUUAUUUACGUGGGAUGGUGCUAUAUACGCGCAAGCAUCGACUACGAAGUGUCGAAGGUGGAAAUAAAAUUUUAUGAAAUGUUUCCUUUUCGUGUGACUAGUCGACUUUGGGGCCGUUUGGCAGCCUGUGAACUUCCAGUGUCGCUGCGGAGCUUUGUAUAUGGUACGUAUGCCCGUAUGUUCAAUGUAAAUUUAAAUGAAGCGGCAGUGCCUGAUCUGACUUAUUAUAAGAGUUUAUCUGCCUUCUUUACACGACCGCUGCGAGACGGAGCACGAUUCAUAUCCCCCGCGCCUUGCGUGUCUCCCUGUGACGGGGUAGUAUUAAACUGUGGCCCAGCAAAGACGGAUAGAAUAGAGCAAGUCAAAGGUGUGACAUACAGUCUCGAAGAGUUUCUAGGCGAAAAUAAAUGGUCCGCAAACAAAAGCAACAGCUAUUAUGAGUCAUUGUUAAAAGAUAAAAAGAACAUACUCCACCAAUGCAUCAUAUAUCUCGCGCCUGGUGAUUAUCACAGAUUCCACGCCCCCUGCGAUUGGACUUCGAGUUUCCGACGACAUUUUUCCGGUAAACUGUUAUCUGUCAACCCUUGGAUGGCUAGAUUGAUACCAGGUCUCUUCACGAUGAAUGAAAGGGCGGUAUACGUCGGUGAGUGGAAGCAUGGCUUCUUCAGCAUGACGGCGGUCGGAGCAACAAACGUUGGAUCCAUCGAAAUAUACAAAGAUCCAGAUUUAAGAACCAACACUAAGGGUAAACGGAACAGAGUUGACGAAGCGGUGAUGGAAAAGAUGUCUUUCAAAAAGGGGGAAUUGUUCGGACAGUUCAACAUGGGUAGUACGGUGAUACUGCUCUUUGAAGCGCCUGCGGAUUUUAGAUUUGACCUCAAAAGUGGUGAUAAGGUUCUCAUGGGUCAAGCGUUGACAGUAGUGACAAAGGAACAGUCUAGAUGACCAGUUUAUAAUGACAUGUUAUACUUUGCCCAAGUGGCCCUUAUGAUUUGCAUCAUAUCCCUGUUGCUAUAAGCAGCUUUCGUUCAGUGGUAUGUUAAAAAAACAGAUUUUGCGUCAAAUUUAUACAUAUAUUGUAUGGAGCUUGUAAUAAUAUCCUGUGUUGUACAUGAUUUACAAAGGCCCUGAUUAAGUAAGCUUAUGUUUUAUAAGUGUUUUUAUAUGCUUCAUAUUGAAAGAGCUGGAAGUCUUAUAGUAGUAUUAAAGAUGAAUGUGA